AUGAGGAAGAAAGUGUGUGUGCUGUGCUACCGUGCUGAUGAAGACCCAGAUAUUUAUGGUCAAAAAAGUGGGAAUCGUGGUCUCUGCACUCAUGAGAAUUGCCUGUAUCUGGCCAGUGGGCUUUCUUCAAACCAAGCAAGAAGCAGUGAAGUGUACAACAUCCUCCCUGAGGAUAUCCAAAGGGUAGUGAAACAGGCAACCAGGAAGAUGUGCUAUGUCUGUGGCGAGAGGGGAGCCACCAUUACCUGCCAGCAGAAGAGGUAUGGGGAAACCUCGUGCGUCAUUUGCCUGGAGCGCGUAGGAGACAAGCUCUCCUACCACACCAUGGUGUGCCCCAACUGCAGGCAGACCUGGUUCCACCGGGGCUGCAUCCAGCAACAGGCUUUCCAUGCUGGGCUGCUUUGUUUCCGGUGCCCGCAGUGUAAUGACAGGGAGAAAUUCCUGCCAGAAAUGUUGUCCCUGGGGAUCCAAGUCCCCACCAGACAACCAGCAUGGGAAGCAGACAGUGGCUUCAUAGAUAUGUACCAAAGGCAUAGCCGCUGCGAUGCCAGCUGGUGCCAUUAUGCCCAAGGAAGGGAGCAGGCAGAAGAAGAGGGGCCAUGGUACCUGCUGCUGUGCUCCUCCUGUGCUGCCGCGGGCACCCACUGA